AGGUCAUUUUUCGGAAAUCGCUGCUAUUCAUUUUAGAGGUCAAUUUGAGGUCCUGACAUGAUUUUUGAAGACUAAAAAUCUUUUUAUUCGAGUUCUGACACUCUGUAAUGAACAUUGCUUGAGUUAUUGACAUUUAAGUUUCCGAACCUCGUUAUUGGAAUUUUUAUUUUUUAUGCAAAUUCCAACUUUUUUGUGCUCAGUGGUGCUCGAUUAGUGACGAAAUUCAUUUUACAUCUUUUUCAUCAUGAAUUUCAGUUGAAAAUGAAUGAUUAUCUAACAAUUUCUCAGAAUUCGAAGAAAAAUCAGUUUGUGGUGACAAAAGCAAGACGCUACAUUCACAAAAGCUCAACAUCACUACUUUUACCUGAUUUAUCUGAUGUGAAACAGCUCUAGGAGCGCUUUACAUGGAUUUGGUUGAAAAGUUCAUCUUCCAUGAUUAAAUCAAUUUUUACAGCAUGUAAUUAAACCCUGUUGCCAAAAAGGUGCGAUCGGGUCCCAAUGAGCACAAAAAAGUUGGAAUUUGCAUAAAAAAUAAAAAUUCUAAUAACGAGGUUCGGAAACUUAAAUGCCAAUAACUCAAGCAAUGUUCAUUACAGAGUGUCAGAACUCGAAUAAAAAGAUUUUUAGUCUUCAAAAAUCAUGUCAGGACCUCAAAUUGACCUCUAAAAUGAAUAGCAGCGAUUUCCGAAAAAUGACCUUGAAUGACCUUGUCCUUGAAACAUAAAAAAUGAAUGUCGCCCAAACUCACUAUAUUCGAUUCUCAAGCCAAUAGCAUGUUUGGUUGCAAAGUUAUUGGCGUUCAACAUCAUACUAAGUAGCUGAAUAGCCCUGUAUAUUGACAUUGUUCCUUUUCAGUGUGAUUGCAAUGUAAUGUUUCUUUUGCAUUUUUAAUUUAUAAUUACAGAAGGCUGAUUUGUGCUUCUUGCCAUUGUCGUUGGAUACCCAAAAAGCUCCUGGUUAUUUUGGCUCUGUCAUAUCAGAGCAAAACUUCUAUAUAUUUAGUACACGGAAUCUGAACCUUGACAGUUCGGCAGUUGUUUCAAGUCUAACAUCAGUCACUGUGACUCCUUUAUUAUUGGCUAUUCUGGCGAUAUUAAUAUUGGAAUUGAUUGCAGUUAAACACUUCAAAAUUGCAACUUUAUUGACAGCCACCUUUCGAUCCUUUGGUAUCUCAUUCCACCAGAAUUCAUCUCAUACUUCAUCAUGGCUCUGUUUGAUUCAGAUGCUUAUCCUAAUGUUUCCAGUAUUCAUCUUUAAUUCUGCAUUCAGUACUCAAACUAUUGUUGGAACUGCAGAUUACAAGAUUGAUACAUUAAAGGAUGUUAUCAAUCAGGGCAGAAUACCAUUUUUCCUUGAAGGUAUUUCAAUGCACGACUUCUUCAAAGCCAAAGUGACCAAAGAUUAUGCCGGUAUUUAUGAACGUAGCGUUUCUGAAGGAUUUGGUGAAGCCUUUCAAUUAGGACCUAUUCCUGUGUUUGAAAAGAGCGAAUUGAUGGUCACUUUCAUAUCAAGUGUCGGCAGAAAACUAGCCCCAUUGAUGAGUUCAGUUUCGGGGUUUGCCAAAGCUAAUCAAGAACAUUACUUCUCAGCAAAGCCUUUUCAUAAAUCUUUGCAAUCUAUACUGUUUAGCUACAAUAUAUCUAAGCCCAUCAGAAGAAAAUUUGAUACUCUGGGUCUUCGGAUAAUUCAAAGUGGAAUCGUCCCAAAACUAGAAGCUGAUAUUUACAUUGAAUUUAUACUUUCUUUUUAUCCAACUACGUUAUUCGAGUUUCACAAAUCUGAAGUUUCUCGAAAAAUCAAUGAUUUUACUUGGAAACCAUUAAGUUUUAGUGGAUUCUAUCAGAUAUUUUAUAUUAAUGUCUUAUUAUUAAUACUGAUAACACUUGUUGCACUCAUUGAAAUCAUUAUUGGUUUUUGCUUUACUUAA